UCUUGGGAGAAGGAUGGAGGAGGAGCAGAGGCUCCGGGGGAGGCUGAGCCGCCGCAGGCCGCCCGCAGGGGGCGGGGCCCCCAACUGCCCGCCCUGGUUUCUCUUGGAGGACCGUCAGAGAGAGCCAUGGGCUGCCCUGCUGCGUAGCACUGUGAGCGGGAACGUGGAUUUGACCCCGAAAGUUGAGCCAUUGCCACCACUGCCAGCUUUGCCCGGCCAGGAGUCUCUGCCUGACACAGAGCCCACUGUGCCUCCCGAGGUCUUCACUGUGGGAUCCAAGACUUUUUCCUGGACGCCUUUUCCACCUGCCCUUGGUGGUUCUGGAAACUCCUACGAGUUGUUCCAUGGGACUGGAGGCUCCCUGGGGUCACCCACUCCAUCCUUGAAAGGAUAUCCUGCACCAGAUUCCUGUCAGACUCCCAGCACGGAAGAGUGUGUGUCCGUGCAGAGUCCACCCGUGUUGCUGAACUGCCCAUUGUGCCAGAAAGCAUUUGACCCGAAGCUAAGACUCCUGAAGACAGGACCACUGAAGGGGGAAGCUCUGCCCACUGGGCGCCUCUCAAGUGGCUGUCCAAAGUGGGUAUCAACAAGGCAGGCUCAAGUCUGCAGCUAGCCCAGCUGGAUGUGGAUAGCCACCUUGCUCAGUGCCUGGCUGAAAGCACAGAAGACGUGGUGUGGUGAUGUGACGGCUGGAACGUGUCCGUGUGGACUUCUGAGCACGGGCUUCUGUGUCUGUGUGGACAUCUGAGCACGGGCGCCUUCUGGUUUCGCUCGUGGGCACUGAGAAUAAUGCUGAUCGUUGUGGUGCAGACAGCAGCAGGUCCCUACCACGGUUCCUCUCAUUGCCAACUUAACUGGAUUUGGAAUCACCUAUCAGACAGACCUCAGGCUAUGUUUGUGGAGCUGUCUCCAGGGAUUAACUGAGAAUGGAAGACCCACCUUGGAUGUGGGUGGUCCUGUCCUGUGGCCUGGGGUCUCACUGAAUGAAAAGGGAAAAAGGAAAAAUUGAGCUGCUUCCUGACUGGGGACGGAUGCUCUUCUGACCUGGCCACCAGAGCUAUAGCAGCAUUUGCUGCUGUGCCUUCCCUGCUGCGAUGGACUGUACUUCAACCAUGAGC